UCGAGUUAGGGGCCUGACUCCCCGGCGACGAGACAAGAUGGCUCCUCCGGUCCGCGCCGCAGCUACCGUCCCGGCUGCGUCGCUCGGCCCGCCCCCGGUACUGUUUCUUUAAAUGGCGGAGAGGGUCAUGAAAGCAGGAAGAGAGGCGCGCGCUCUCACGUGACAGGGGCGGGCCCGGCUAACAAGAUCCGGUCACGUGGAGACACGCUACCCACCAAUGAGGAGGCGUCGCAUCAGGGCGGGGGCGGGAGGAGCUGUGGCUCUGUGAUUGGCCUAAUGCACCGCGGAGGCCUCGGGGGCUUGGGGCGUCGGGGAGUGCGCGAGGUGGCUCGGGUUGUGUGCUCUAGCGGAGACAAAGCAGUGGCUGAGGUGGCUGUGGCGGCUGCGGCAGGGGCGGCAGAACACCUAUAAACGCCGAAUUCUGUGGUGUUGAGUCCUGUCAUCUCAUCCAGCGCGGCGCGUGGGCGGCUGGUCUCGCGGCGGCGGCAGCGGCGGAGGCGGAGGCAGCACAUGGUUCCAAGAGCGCGCUGCGGUUGUUGGGUUCCAAUUCCGUGGGGAGGGACAAAGGCAGCUUUGAGCACCCGGCAACGCCGGGUCGGGUGCUGCGCUCGCCACCCUGCCCUCGAUCCGGGCCUUGAAAGCUGGGACUAACUCCUCUCUGUGAGGAGGAGGAGGCGACGGCCUCGGGAGUGAGGCCCUGGAAGGGCCUGAGAGCCGGAGGCCUCUGUCUGAGGGAAGUGGGGGAGGGGCGCUGCCCGCCUGAGGUGAUUUGGGCGGGUCAAUUCUGAGGCGUUUUUGUGGGUCAGUGUGAGGUAAUUUGACCUACUACCCUGAGGAGAUUGCGACGGGACCACAAGCUAGGUCUGGUCUGGGCUUUCGAAACGGAAAUCUCCGUCAGCGUCAGCGAUUAGGAGACUUCAGUUGGGAGGUGGUGAAGGAAGCGGGAACUAACGCCAUAUGCACUCCGUCGACUUCGUGGCCGCCAGCCUGGGGCCUCUUUAAGAAUCACAGGAUCUUUGGUGAAGACAUGGGUGGCUGUCCAGUUUUAUGACAGAAGUUGGUAGCUUUCCGGAUUGAUAAAUUUCCUGGCCGGAAAUUUAGAGGAACAAAAAAGCUCGAAGAACGUGAAGAUGGAGCAGUAAUAAAACCUCUCAAGUCCAAUAGUGUCUACUCCAAGACCAUCCACAUUCGACUCCUUGAGCUAUCGCAACUUAAACUAAAGCUUAAGACUACAAAUCUAUGACAUAGUUUUCUUCAGAAUAUUACAUCAUAGUCAUUAAGAAGAUAAAAAAGCUUGGAGAGAUCAAUUGUAGUUUUAGACAUCUCUUUCAAUAUAUUUUGGAUAGACACCAGUUAACCUUGUGUAACAGUAAGGAGCACAGACUUAACCAAACCUUUACUGGGAGGAAUCCUGGAAAAUCUAUUCCAUUAUAAAGUUAUAGUUCCCAGUUAGUGGGUGAAGGACUGGAGACCUCACCGCACUCAUGGCUUUCACAAAUUACAGCAGUCUGAAUCGAGCUCAGCUAACCUUUGAAUAUCUACAUACAAAUUCAACUACUCAUGAAUUCUUGUUUGGUGCUCUUGCUGAACUGGUUGAUAAUGCAAGAGAUGCUGAUGCCACCAGAAUAGAUAUUUAUGCAGAAAGGCGAGAGGACCUUCGAGGAGGAUUUAUGCUUUGCUUUUUGGAUGAUGGAGCAGGAAUGGAUCCAAGUGAUGCUGCCAGUGUGAUCCAGUUUGGGAAGUCAGCCAAGCGAACGCCUGAGUCCACCCAGAUUGGGCAGUAUGGGAAUGGGUUAAAAUCGGGCUCAAUGCGCAUUGGGAAGGAUUUUAUACUCUUCACCAAGAAGGAGGAUACCAUGACUUGCCUCUUCUUGUCCAGGACCUUUCAUGAGGAGGAAGGCAUUGAUGAGGUGAUAGUUCCAUUGCCCACCUGGAAUGCUCGCACCCGGGAACCUGUCACAGACAACGUGGAGAAGUUUGCCAUUGAGACAGAACUCAUCUAUAAGUAUUCUCCCUUCCGCAAUGAAGAGGAGGUUAUGUCUCAGUUCAUGAAGAUUCCUGGGGACAGUGGAACACUGGUGAUCAUUUUCAAUCUCAAACUCAUGGAUAAUGGAGAGCCAGAGCUAGACAUAAUCUCAAAUCCAAGAGAUAUCCAGAUGGCAGAGACUUCCCCAGAGGGCACGAAGCCAGAGCGGCGCUCAUUCCGCGCCUAUGCUGCCGUGCUCUAUAUUGAUCCCCGGAUGCGGAUCUUCAUUCAUGGGCACAAGGUGCAGACCAAGAGACUCUCCUGCUGCCUGUAUAAGCCCAGGAUGUACAAGUACACAUCAAGCCGUUUCAAGACUCGUGCAGAGCAGGAGGUGAAGAAAGCUGAACAUGUGGCACGGAUUGCUGAGGAGAAGGCACGGGAGGCGGAGAGCAAAGCUCGGACAUUAGAAGUUCGCCUAGGUGGAGACCUCACACGGGACUCUAGGGUAAUGUUGCGGCAGGUCCAGAACACAGCCAUUACCCUGCGCAGGGAAGCUGAUGUCAAGAAGCGGAUCAAGGAGGCCAAGCAGCGAGCACUUAAAGAACCUAAGGAACUGAAUUUUGUUUUUGGGGUCAACAUUGAACACCGGGACCUGGAUGGCAUGUUCAUCUAUAACUGUAGCCGCCUGAUCAAGAUGUAUGAGAAAGUGGGCCCACAGCUGGAAGGGGGCAUGGCAUGUGGUGGAGUUGUUGGGGUUGUUGAUGUGCCCUACCUGGUCCUGGAACCUACACACAACAAGCAGGACUUUGCUGAUGCCAAGGAGUACCGGCACCUGUUGAGGGCGAUGGGGGAGCAUCUGGCACAGUACUGGAAGGACAUUGCCAUUGCCCAGAGGGGAAUCAUCAAGUUCUGGGAUGAGUUUGGCUACCUCUCUGCCAACUGGAACCAGCCCCCAUCCAGUGAGCUACGUUACAAGCGUCGGAGAGCUAUGGAAAUCCCAACCACAAUCCAGUGUGAUUUGUGUCUGAAGUGGCGAACCCUCCCCUUCCAGCUGAGUUCUGUGGAAAAAGAUUACCCUGAUACCUGGGUUUGCUCCAUGAACCCUGAUCCUGAGCAGGACCGAUGUGAGGCUUCUGAACAGAAGCAGAAGGUUCCUCUGGGGACAUUCAGAAAGGACCUGAAGACACAAGAAGAGAAGCAGAAGCAGCUGACAGAGAAAAUUCGCCAGCAGCAGGAGAAGCUAGAGGCCCUGCAGAAAACCACACCUAUCCGUUCCCAAGCUGACCUGAAGAAAUUGCCUUUGGAAGUGACCACCAGACCUUCCACUGAGGAACCUGCACGUAGACCUCAGCGACCUCGAUCACCUCCUUUACCUGCUGUCAUCAAGAAUGCCCCAAGCAGGCCCCCUUCUUUGCAAGCUCCCAGGCCAGCCAGCCAGCCCCGAAAGGCUGCUGUCAUCAACACCACCCCAAAGCCUCCUGUCCUGGCAGCCCGGGAGGAGGCCAGUACAUCCAGGCUUCUCCAACCACCGGAGGCACCCCGGAAGCCUUCUAACACGCCGGUCAAGACUGCAUCCCGGCCCACCCCCAUGGUGCAGCCACUAUCACCAUCUCUGCUGCCCAACUCCAAGAGCCCUCGGGAGGUCCCUGCUCCCAGAGCAAUCAAGACUCCAGUGGUCAAGAAGCCAGAGCCACCUAGUAAACUCUCCCCAACCACUCCUAGUCGGAAGCGGACUCUUGGGGUUUCUGACGAGGAAGAAGCUGAGGAAGAGGCUGAGAGGAGGAAAGAGAGGUCUAAGCGGGGCAAGUUUGCUGUGAAGGAGGAAAAGAAGGACUUGAAUGAGCUCUCGGACAGUGCUGGGGAAGAGGAUCCAGCUGACCUUAAGAGGGCUCAGAAAGAUAAAGGGUUGCACGUGGAGGUGCGUGUGAACAGGGAGUGGUACACAGGCCGUGUCACAGCUGUGGAGGUGGGCAAGCAUGUGGUGCGGUGGAAGGUGAAGUUUGACUACGUGCCCACAGACACCACUCCGAGAGACCGCUGGGUGGAGAAAGGCAGUGAGGAUGUGCGGCUGAUGAAACCUCCUUCUCCGGAGUACCAGAGCCCUGACACUCAGCAGGAGGGUGGGGAGGAGGAGGAAGAGGAGGAGGAAGAGGAGGUGCUGGUGGCCCAGCAGGCUGUAGCCAUGGCAGAGCCCUCCACUUCUGACUGCAUCCGCAUAGAGCCUGACACCACUGCCCCCAGCACCAACCACGAGACCAUUGACCUGCUCGUUCAGAUCCUCCGGAAUUGUUUACGGUACUUCCUGCCUCCAAGUUUCCCCAUCUCCAAGAAGGAGCUGAGUGUUAUGAAUUCAGAUGAGCUAAUAUCAUUUCCUCUGAAAGAGUACUUCAAGCAGUAUGAAGUGGGGCUCCAGAAUCUGUGCCAUUCCUACCAGAGCCGUGCUGACUCACGGGCCAAGGCCUCUGAGGAGAGCCUGCGCACUUCUGAGAGAAAGCUCCGAGAGACAGAGGAGAAGUUGCAGAAGCUGAGGACCAACAUCGUGGCGCUCCUGCAAAAGGUGCAGGAGGAAUCUGUGGUUUCAACCCUGGCUGCACAGCAUCCUGACCAAGAGGGCUGGAGGUGGUGCGGCUGCCUGGGCCUCAUCCCAGCCAGACCCACGGACAUAGACAUCAACACAGAUGAUGAGCUGGAUGCCUACAUCGAGGACCUGAUCACCAAGGGGGACUGAAGGGCUCGGAGCCAAAAACCAGCUCCUCUGCCCUUCAAGGCAGAGCCCUCGGGGGGUGGUGUUUUGUUCUUGGGUUGGUGGACUUACCUUGGUUUGAUUCACAUGAAACAUUUGUGCUUUUGGAGGGAAAAAUACUCUGAUUCUUUGAAUCUUCCUCCCUAAGUUUAUAAAUAUUUAUUUUUUAAAAGAAAUAAGAUGCUGCACCUGC